CGCCCAGUCAGCCUUGGAGGAUUCAAGUGGUGGCCCUACCAGUCUACUUUGUGACUAAAACCGAGCCUCGUUAAUUGUUCUAUUGUGUUUUUUUACGAGGCGAGCUGAAUGCUGCAAUCUGUUACUUUCUUCUUCUCCAGCUCUUUUCCCCUCUAUUUCACUUCUUUAUAGAAUCAAAAAUCCAUCAUGACAACAGACGGCAAUCAUGAGUCCAUGCUUCGCGCUUCGCUGCCUAGCAAGAGCUCUGGUCUUUCCUAUUGGCAUCGCACUACACGGUCCUUCAAAUACUUGAACCAUAAUCAAAAUGAGCCUCUCCCAGCUUCUACUACAUAUGCUAUCAUCGGCUCGGGCUUAUCGGGCUCGCUAGUCGCCUACAACCUCUUACAGCAAGGCAUUCCAGGCAAAGACAUUCUCAUACUCGAAGCCCGCGAAGCUGUCUCAGGAUCAACCGGCCGCAACGCAGGCCACUGCCGACCAGAUGCAUUCCGCAAUUUCUCCAGCUACAAAGCCAUUCAUGGAAGCGAACAGGCGCUCAAGAUUGUCGACACGGAAGAGAAGAACCUGAAGCUGUUGACCGACUUUAUCAAGCAAAACGAUAUCCAAUGUGAUCUGAACCUCACUACCACUUUCGACGUCUGCAUGGCGCAAGAUGCCGUUGACGAUGAAGAGAGCAAUAUAAAAGACUUUAUGGCAGCUGGUGGCAGCCUCGCCAAGUUUGGGAUACAGUGCUGGUACGGCGCGGAAGCCGAAUCCAGGAGUCGCAACAAAGGCGCCGUCGCAGCCUACGAGUGGCCGUCUGCGUCUCUCCAUCCUGCACGAUUUGUGCAAUGGGUGUUGAAUUAUAACAUUGACCGCGGUGUGCAACUAUGGACUCACUGCCCUGUCACCGACGUGGCCAGCCAAGGCUCUGCCGUGCGGCUGCAAACAUCCCAUGGGCUAGUUACUGCAGACAAGGUUAUUCACUGCACCAAUGCAUACGCGGGUGCGCUUCUGCAGCAGAUGACCAUGGAGAAGCUCACUCCGUUUGCGAUUCAGGUCGCGUCCAUUAUCCCGCCUGCAGAAGCGUCCGGGGCAAACUUUUUCGCAAACACAAUGGCAAUCAAGGACAACGGCAGCAUGUUUUAUGGCUUCGCGCAGAUGCCGUCUGACGGGACUGUGAUUGUUAGCGUCGGACGACCAGCGGGCAAGGGCGUUCAGGCCGAGGAAUCGCAAACACAAGAAGUGGCCAAUGAGAUUGUUCAGCGAAUGCAAAAAGUCUUUGGAACAGAAGGUCAGCCGACACGGCACGGCGAGGGCAUCGAUACCACCUGGACGGGGCUGAUUGCCUUUACGGCCGACAGGAUGCCGUACGUGGGCGAGAUCGAAGGGUCGCCCGGUCAGUACAUUUGCGCGGGCUUCAACGGUCACGGCAUGGCCAAUAUUUUCACUUGUGCCAAGGGCAUAGUCGAUAUUUUGGCUAAUCGUCCGUGGGAGACGACCCAGCUCCCAGAAUGCUAUCAGUACAGUGCAGCAAGACUGGCUAAGAAGUGACCUGGGUCAGGAUUAGAUUCAAUUUUGGUAUAAUUAUAUAGACUGUUGUUUAUUGAAGCUUUUCACAUAAUGUUUUAAGUCAGGAUAACUCAAUAAGAAACAAUUUCAUC